AUGUUCAUGGUCAUUUCGGGUGCCAUCAAUGUCGUCACUGAUAUUGUCUUGUUGAUCUUCCCAUUGCCUUUGAUAUGGGUGAUCAAAUUCAACAAGAGACAAAGGACGGCUCUAGCAGUCAUUCUCUCUAUCGGCGUCAUCCCGGUCAUAGCCAGCACCAUGCGCCUUUGCGAGAUUGUCAUGUCGGACAGUCCCAUCAGACCAGGAAGUACAUGGCAAGAAGUCGAUUUCAGCUGGGGCUGGUCUUGGGUUCCAGUAUGGUCCCAAAUCGAGGUUGACAUUGGCAUUCUGGCCGCCUCUCUUCCCUCACUGUCCCCUUUACUCAAACAUGUUUUCCACUGUCCCGCUCGAGCCACCACACCUUCCGAGGUACCCACUCUACCAGGAUACCGCGGGAGUUGGGGAGAAAAGAACCUGGUCAGCAUGGACGACGAGGACGAUAUCGAGAAAUCGCCAUGGGACUUUGCAUUACCCGAAGAGAAGAAUGGCGCAUUCGAUUUCGAUGUGGAGAGGAGAUUGACCGUUACGGAGAUUGAAAUGGGAAAGGCUAUGGAUAUGGGGAAUAGUUACUUCGAUGAUACCGCGUCGGAGGUCGAGGAGAGAGAAUCGGCAGUUCUCAUCUCAUGUUAG